GGGGCUACAAAGGGUGUGGUCGUGUAUAAAAUGGCGGAAAUACAAUGAUAUCAGAAUUGAUUAUUUUCUGUACUCUGCUGAUUAAUGCAGGAGCUGUUCUCAAUUUCAAAUUGAAGAAGCAGAAAUCAGUUUCAUUUGAUGAUGAUGACAGUUCUAAUGGCGUGGGGGAAAGAGUGAGGGAGUUCCUGUACAAUUUAAGAUACUUUCGUGUAUUCAUUGCAAUGUGGAAUAUCUUCAUCAUUGUGUGCAUGUUUCUGUUUUUCAGUGGUUAAAGACAUAAUGUGACAUUCAAUUUUAUCAAGUUGAUUAAUUAAUUAUAGCCACACCCUGUGGGUGGAGCUGACACG